AUGGCUUGGUCCCAAUGUUCUAACACACUGCAUUGCACAAGUAAAUUCUAUGAUGAGUGCGAAAGCGCCUCGGAAAGCUUCCUGUACCGCGAGCGACAGACUACGAAAUCCAGUCGCAGCAGCACCGCCGCCGCAACAGGCUCCCAGCGCAAAUACAAUUUAUUAGUUGAAAUUAGCCGGUCUCUUUCCUGGUGUUUUGGUCGCAGAGAGGGUGAGGAGGAAGCAGUCGGAGCAAUGUGUCGAAAGCCACCUCUUCAGCGGACAAACCAACUCUACGCCACCAAGGCAAGGCAUAUACUUUGGACAAUAGAACCAACGACAUCGCAUCGACAUGAAUCGUGGACCCUAAAUCAUGCAAGAUGGAUGGCUCUUGCGUGGGCGUCGAGGGUGACCAACGGAGAACCCAUAACGCGUCGGAUGAUGAAUGGACUACUCGUUAACGCAAUGCGAUCGAAAAACGCGAUUGAAGGCAUCACUAAAGCAGUGAUGAAGAAUUUCCAGGGUCUUGAAUUGGUGGACAACAUCUCCUGUUUUGAAACUGUUGACCAAACGACUGCCAUUGACACCAUAGUGGAUGCAUUGAGCGAACAUUCCGCUCCAAACAGAUUUUACUUCGCCAUUAUUGUGAAAAAAGAUUCGUGUUGCUACGCCGUGUAUUAUAACCAUAGAGGCGACGAGCGAGACGUUGUUUUGCUGGAGUGCGGCGUGCCUUCAAAACAUGGGGGCAUCAAAUGCGGCCGCAUGAUUGGUUUUAACAGGUUAGAAGCGUAG